AAUCAGCCUUGCUGCCCCGUGAACGAGGUUCUUUUUGCCACUUUUCCUGGUGGGAUCUGGGUCCUGGCCGUAGUCUCCCGCCUGCUCCGGGCUCGCAGGCCUUCCACGUCGAGGUUCCCUCUGAAGGAUUCCAAGCGGCUGCUGCAGUGGCUGGAGGCGGUCCAGCGGGAUAACUGGACGCCCACCAAGUACUCCUUCCUGUGCAGUGAGCACUUCACCAAGGACAGCUUCUCCAAGAGGCUGGAGGACCAGCACCGCCUGCUCAAGCCCACGGCCGUGCCGUCCAUCUUCCCCUGGCCGGAGAAGAAGCAGAGCGGCCGCGGCCAUGGCCGAGGCCGCCGGAGGGAAGCGAGCCGGCCCCCCGGGGAUGUGAGCGAAGCCCCGAAGGACGAAGCCGGCUCCCCGCCGUCCUGCCCUGAGGAAGCGCUCGGGCCCAUGGAGCGAGCGAGCGUCCCCGCGGAAGCCGCCGGCUCUCCGGAGGGGGCUCCGGGGAGGACUCCCGAGGGCCGGCCCGACGAGCGGAGCGGCGUGUCGGUGGAGGACUUCAGCCCCCCGGGCUCGGGCGCCUGCAAGUUCAUCGGCUCGCUGCACUCGUACAGCUUCUCGUCCCGGCACACGCGCGAGAGGCCCUCCCUGCCCCGGGAGCCGCCGGACAGGAAGCGGCCCAGGCGGGACGGCAGCGCCGGGGCCGGGCCCUGCUCCUCCCUGCCCGCC